UCUUGUCGGUUUUGAAAAACUGUUGGAGAGUAAUGUAAAUUUUUCCAAACAAAAGUCUUCAGUGUCGAGGACCAACUUAUCACAUUUCACGGGAGGAGUGUGACUGCUGAGUUGCCAUCAUGCCCUUGGUGACACGGAACAUUGAGCCAAGGCACUUGUGUCGUCAGACACUGCCCAAUGCUGUCAAGAGUGAACUGGAGUGUAUGACUAACAUCACACUAGCUAACAUCAUUCGCCAGCUCGGGUCCCUCAGUAAGUAUGCAGAGGAUGUAUUUGGCGAGCUCUUUGUCCAGGCCAGUUCCUUUGCCUUGCGGGUGAAUACACUGGGUGAGAGAGUGGACAAGCUUCAGGUCAAAGUCACACAGCUGGACCCCAAAGAGGAGGAAGUUUCUCUGCAGGCGAUCACAUCUCGCAAAGCAUUCCGCUCCAAUCUGAUCCAGGAUCAGCAGCUGUUCAUUCGGACGUCUCUCCCUCAGCCAGUCAAAGACACUUACAACACCUGUAAUCAGCCGCCUCCACUCAAUAAUCUGAGCUGCUACAGGGAGGAUGGUAGGGAGGCUCUGAAGUUUUACACUGAUCCGUCUUAUUUCUUUGACCUUUGGAAAGAGAAAAUGCUUCAGGACACCAAAGAUAUCAUGAAGGAAAAACGUAAACACAGGAAGGAGAAGAAAGACAACCCGAACAGGAAUAAAGCGAACCCUCGCAAGAUCAAGACCCGGAAAGAGGAGUGGGAACGCCUUAAGAUGGGCCAGGAGUUUGUGGGGCUGAAACAGGACGCUGUGGGUAACUCAACUGAGGUGAUAAACGGAAGCAUAGGAUCAGGGGACGACAUGACUCACAUGGGUUCUGAUGGAUAUCUGGACCAAAGCACCUCGUCCUAUAGUUAUGACCCAGGCUCCCCACCUCCACCCCCAGAGGACUUCCUUCCACCACCGCCCCCUGACAUGUAUGAUGAUGGACAGCAUGGAGCUCCGCCCCAAAAGCGCAGCAGCCUUCUGAGUCCCAGCCACCCUCCGCCGGCCCCGCCCAUCAUGGGCACCUCUCCUCCUGGAGGACGUCCCGGUAUGGCCCCGCCCCCAGCCCCGCCUCCACCUCCGCCUUCCAACAUGUCAGUCCCACCUCCUCCUCCUCCAGAUUUCGAUACCCCGCCCGCUCCCCCUGUUCCCUUCCCUGCCUCUAUGCCACCCGCACCUCCUAUGGAUGCUGGUGCCCCAGCUCCACCUCCUCCACCUGCAGGGGGAGGACCACCGCCUCCACCACCACCUCCUCCUCCACCUGGGCCCCCUCCCCCUGGACCACCUCCUCCUGGACCUCCGCCUCCCUCUUCCUCUGGCUCAGCUGCACCAGGUGGAGGUUCAGCUGCACCCAAAGCUCAGCCUGCCCCCGCCGGCGACGCCCGCAGUGAUCUCCUGCAGGCCAUUCGUCAAGGCUUUAACCUGCGUAAGGUGGAGGAGCAGAGGGAGCAGGAGAAGAGAGACUUCGUGGGGAAUGACGUGGCGGCGAUCUUGUCGCGCCGUAUCGCCGUGGAAUGCAGCGACUCCGAGGACGACUCGUCGGAAUUUGACGACGACGAGUGGUCAGACUGAUGUCCUCGUCACAGUCAACGGUCGUCUUUGUGUGUGGUUCAGAUGUCAUUCCCAGUUUGCCUUACGACUCUCAUCACAAACGGUUUACCCUUUCACCGGCCUGAUUAUGCAAUUUAUGAGGGAGAGAUUCAGAGGUGUGUGUGUGUGUGUGUGUGUGUGUGUGUCUGUGUGUGUGUGUCUGUGUGUGUUUGUGUGUGUGUGUUUGUGUGUGUGUUUGUAGCUGUUUAGGGAAUGGAGACUGCUCUGAAAAAGGUGAAUUAUUCAGGGGAUGAAUGUUCUACUGUUUCAGAGAGCAUGUUCCUUUGUAAUGCAGCCAAAGCAGGGUAAACUGAGACCGUGUGUGUGUGUGUGUGUGUGUGUGUGUGUGUGAUCUCUAUAUCAAAUGCAAGACCAGAGUUCAGUUUAAAUUUUGCUGAAUCUCUUUUCCUUCAUAUGAAAUAUACACACAUUCUGGUCAGAGUCAUGCACAUGUAGGCUGAACAUUUUGACAAAGGUGUGUAGAUCACCAUUUACUACUUUAAAAAGGCAAUUUGUGUUUGCUUUUUGUCAUGUCAGUAUUUGGACCCUUAAGUUAAAAGACCAACAUUCAGAUUUUAAACCAAAUUUGUUCUGUAUGUCUGACCAAAGUCCAUUCUAAAUAUCUCCGGUGUGCUUGUGUCUCUUUCUGUUUUACUGGGUUCCUUUUUUCCCCCCUUUUUCUCCAAUUCUCCUGCCUCCUGUGGCAUCAUGGGAUUUGGAGUCUCAAAUGGUUUUCCUGGGUCUGUCCUGUCAGAUAAUUUCACUAGCUAACACUUGCUAGUCAGACAUGGUGGAUCCAAUCAGGACCAACUCUUUCUCUGUACUGCUCUUGUAUUCCUAAGUGCCUGCUUUAUCCAUGAAAUAGAAGUGCCUUUUCUUUUCCUAUUUUUAAAGCCAAAUUUUAUUGAGAGUUAUUGUAGCCCUCGAAAUCAGAUUUAAAAAAAAUCCUUUAUUUGUUAAAACGCUUUCUAAAUGAAAUGGUAAUAUUGAGUUCAGAUUUGUUUAUGUGAUUUGAAAUGAAUAAAGGCCUAAAGUGUAUGGACACGA